CGCACACGUCGCUACACACACACACACACACAAACACACACACUCAGACAUACACACACACACGCACACACACACACGCACACGUCGCUACACACACACAAACACGCACACACACACACACACAUACACACAUACACACACCCGCAAGCAUGUCUUCGCCGAGGACGCGAGGACGUGCGGCAGCGACGGCGAGGGUGGCAAGGGAAGAAGCAGGAGGUGAAAACCAUGGAGGCGGGCUGCGGAGAAGUCCACGCGUGAGCUGGCGGCAAACGCCAACCAAAGGAACAGGGAAGGCAAAGACACCAAGGAAGAAACCAACACCAUCAGCUUCCACUGCAACGGCAACAACCCCUCGCGAGGCGCGUGCAGAACAGAGAAGGCAGCACAAGGAACAGGGCGACGCGUCAUCCCAGUCCUCAACACAAUCAUCUCAACCGAAACGACACCACCGCCACAACGAUGAUGAUGACGACGACAGCAGCCAGUACACAUCACAGCAGCCGCAGCAGUCGCAGCAGUUGCAAUCUCAACAGCAGUCGCAGCAGCACAAGCAGCGAGGGCGCAGUCGAACACCGACCCGAACCAGCCCACGGACCAGCCCAAAGCACCCACGUCACGGACAGCAGAAGAACCCGACAGCCUCCUCGACGCCGCUGCUGCAAUUGGACCGCAAGGACAUCCAGCGCCGCGUGAAGACGUUGCAACACGUCCGCGCGUCCAUGCAAGGCCUCCGCCUCUUGCUCCAAGGCAUUGAUCAGGACUUGCACACGUUCAUCAACAACUGCGAGCAGCUGUCAUCAAUCAGCGACACCCUCGUGGACCGCACCAGCACCUGAACGCAGGCAGGACGCGCAUCCCAUCCAGACGGCAUCACGCACACGUGCCAGCACACGCGCGUGUGUGUGUCGGUGUGUCGCAUGUCAUUACAUUACACAUUACACGUCCUUGUUCUUUCGGGCCAUGGUUGUGGCGCGCCUUCUUGUCUCGCAGCCUAACCGUUGCCCUGUCCCUCCGUCCUGUACGUUGGUUGGACCGAGCUGCCCAUGGACCACCCUGCCUUCUCCUCCUCCCCCCCCCCGCUCUCCUCUUCCUGCACGUUCCCCGGUUUGUAUUUGACCCUGGUGUCCCUCCUGUGUGCUCUUGCCUUGUACAUACAUAGAUCCACACACCACUGCCCAUACCACAUGAUGAUUCCAGUGUGCUCGCUCGCCUGUGUGUAUUCAAACUCCAUUUGGCGUGGGAACAGCCGCACGCCACGAUCAUGUAACAGUGUGCAGCACCACAGUGAAGCACUGUGACGAAGCAAACACGCAACAUACGAA